GCACUUCCAGUCCUGAUGAACGGCCCCGACCCGAAACGUCGACUGCCCGUUUCCCUCCACAGACACUGCCUGACCCACUGAGUCCCUCAGUGGAAGGGACUGUUUUGGGGCGAGGCGGGGGCGGGACUCUGGAAGAGGAGCUCGAAAGAGGAAAGUCCCAAGUGAAGCAACCAGCAGUGUUUGGCCGGCGAGGGGUGGUGUCGUCGCUCCGGUUGCAUCAGCCGGGACUCCUGUGAGCUCCACGUCUCCGCUCGCCGCGACCAAUCGCCGGCAGCCACACUCGGCUCUGGCAGCGCAGCCCGGACCCCCCAGGAGCCAGUCGCUGGUGUGGGAGAGCCCAGGGCGCAGCGUGUGAGCUUCAGCGUGAUGGGGAGUAGCGAGGAGACGGUGACCUUGGUCGUGAAAGCCCCCGACCAAACGCAGGGCGACCAGAGGCUGCUGGUGGAGCUGGGCUGGACGGUGCAGAGGCUGAAAACCUUCCUGAGCGAGCAGUACCCGAGCCACCCGACACCAUCGGACCAAAAGUUGAUUUAUUCAGGGAAGUUGCUGCCCAACCACCUUUUGCUAAGAGAUGUCCUGAGAAAGUCUGACCAGUACCACACCAUUCACUUGGUCUGUAAUGUUAAAAGUGGAACCAAAUCUACGCAAGCAGCAAGUGUGAAGCAACCAGCUGCCCCCACAGCUUCUGGCCAGGAUAGCCUCACUGUCCCUACAUCAGGAGCAGCAGAUGGUCUUCGGCACAGAGCACCCAACACGUUCCCUUGGGCCUACGGUGCCUGGCCUGCAAGGGAAGAGCUCCAGAGUCCAGUGGGAAUGUCUGGUCUGGCCGCAUACAAUCUGUACAGCUCUCAGCAAAUCCUGUGGUUCCAGCAGAUGUACGCAAGGCAAUACUACAUGCAAUACCAGGCUGCAGUCGCUGCUGCUGCUGCCGCCACCAACUCCCAACAUCAACCAGUGGUUACACCAGGGACUCCAGCAGCACUACCCAACCAACCACCUCUAGUCAACCUACCUGCUGAUCAGAAUGUUCCACUACCUCAACUCAACAACCCUCCAGCAAACCAGAACCUGCGGAUGAAUGCACAGGGAGGCCCCGUGAUGGAUGAUGAUGAUGAAUUGAACAGAGAUUGGUUGGAUUGGCUCUACCUGGCUGCCCGUGCCUGCUUUUUCCUGAGCAUUGUUUACUUCUAUUCAUCGCUGAGUCGUGUGGUGUUGGUGGCGAGCGCCAUGCUCCUGAUGUAUCUACAUCAUGCUGGUUGGUUUCCAUUCAGACAUCCAGCACCAGUGCAGCCAAUGCCAAAUGACAAUGUGCCUUUGCAGGAAGCUAAUCCAAAUCAUGGAAAUGGGGAACGUCAACAGAAUCAAGACAACCAGGAUGAUGUGCAAGAAGAGAGUGAGACACCGGAGCAAGAUCGUGAAAGAGUGAAAUAUUCUGGAAGUGAUGAUGUCAGGGACACUACCCUGGCCCCUGAAGCUGAAGUGAAUAGGACGACAUUUGUGAAUAAAGCGUGGGUAUUCUUCAAAACCUUCUUCGCUUCUUUGAUUCCAGAAGGUCCCCAGGUUGCAGCAAACUAAGUUCAACUACAUGCAGAACUGCUGUGUUCCCUUCUAAAAAUAAAACCAGUGCAAUCUUUUGUUCCAACGCUUUCGGGCAGUGUGCAAAUGAGGCCAGACUGUUGACUGGAGUUAUGAAUGUGAGUCCAAAUGGAGUUCAGAAUUGUUUGAUAUACAGGUGUAAAUUCUGUAAAUUAUUAGAGAAGAGAUGUAGAAUUAUUAUAAGAAGUGCAAUUUAGACUCUUGCCUAUCUGAAGCUGUAAAUCGAAUCAUGAAAUAAUUCUGUAGUGUCUUGACAGUUUAUAGUGACUUUCAUUUCAUUAACAGCUGUGAGCAGGAGCAGUUUUAACCUUGCCAAAUGUGGCUUCACGCUGUUAAAAGUGCAAUUUUUGCUUUUGGGCAAGUUUUUAAAAUAUUUACUGGAAACUUUCUGAUACUUAUGUAAAAGGGUAAAUAAUUUUUGCCUUGCAAUACAACAAAAAAAAGCACAAUAAAAGAGGUUGGGAUAUAUGA